AUGAGAGAAGUCAUCAGUAUUAAUGUUGGUCAAGCCGGGUGUCAAAUUGGUAACGCCUGUUGGGAAUUGUAUUCACAAGAACACGGUAUCAGACCAGAUGGGUAUUUACAGGAAGGUUUAGACAGACCAAAGGGGGGAGAAGAAGGUUUUUCUACUUUUUUCAGUGAAACUGGUUCUGGGAAAUACGUUCCUCGUGCCUUAUAUGUUGAUUUAGAGCCAAACGUCAUUGAUGAAGUUCGUACUGGUGUAUACAAAGAUUUGUUCCAUCCUGAACAAUUGAUUGCCGGUAAAGAAGAUGCCGCCAAUAACUAUGCUAGAGGUCACUACACUGUUGGAAGAGAAAUUUUAGACGACAUUUUAGAUAGAGUCAGAAGAAUGAGUGAUCAAUGUGACGGCUUGCAAGGUUUCCUUUUCACUCACUCUUUGGGUGGUGGUACUGGUUCCGGUUUGGGUUCUUUGUUAUUGGAACAAUUAUCCUUGGAUUACGGUAAAAAAUCUAAAUUGGAAUUUGCUGUUUAUCCAGCUCCACAAGUGUCCACUUCAGUUGUUGAACCAUAUAAUACUGUUUUGACUACCCACACCACUUUGGAACACGCAGAUUGUACCUUUAUGGUUGAUAAUGAAGCCAUCUACGAUAUGUGUAGAAGAAACUUGGAUAUCGCCAGACCAAACUUUAGCUCAUUGAACAACUUGAUUGCCCAAGUUGUGUCAUCGGUUACUGCUUCUUUGAGAUUUGACGGUUCCUUGAAUGUUGAUUUGAAUGAAUUCCAAACUAACUUGGUUCCAUAUCCAAGAAUCCAUUUCCCAUUGGUCAGUUAUGCUCCAGUUUUCUCCAAGAGUAGAGCUACCCACGAAGCCAACUCUGUUUCCGAAAUCACUCAAUCUUGUUUUGAACCAGGUAACCAAAUGGUCAAAUGUGACCCAAGAACUGGUAAAUAUAUGGCCACUUGUUUGUUGUACCGUGGUGAUGUUGUUACUAGAGAUGUUCAAAAUGCUGUUGCCCAAGUCAAAUCUAAAAAGACUGUUCAAUUAGUCGACUGGUGUCCAACUGGUUUCAAGAUUGGUAUCUGUUACCAACCACCAACUGCUAUUAAAGGAUCUGAAUUGGCCAGUGCUUCUAGAGCUGUUUGUAUGUUGUCUAACACUACUGCCAUUGCUGAAGCUUGGAGAAGAAUUGACAGAAAAUUUGACUUGAUGUAUUCCAAGAGAGCUUUUGUUCACUGGUAUGUUGGUGAAGGUAUGGAAGAAGGUGAAUUCACUGAGGCUAGAGAAGACUUGGCUGCUUUAGAGAGAGAUUAUAUUGAAGUUGGUACUGAUUCUUUCCCUGAAGAAGAAGAAGAAUAUUAG